AGGAAAUCUUAUUAAUUGUAAUCGGUGGAAAAUUUUCAAACCAGUCUGAUUCAGUUGGUUUGUUGAGUCAUUUUCAAUCGUUUAACACGAGUGGCUUCAAAAAGAACAUUCAUUUACUUUUUUUUAUACUCAGGUUUUUACAAGUUUCCAAGAAGAAAUAUCACAUUAUAGAUGUUUGUAUGUAAUAGGUUUCUCAACAAUGAAUAUAUGAUGGUUCUCUGUAUAGGACAAAAAAAGAAUCAUUUACUCAAUCGUGAAUUGCUAAAAUCCAAAUCUUGAAUUUUUCCACUCACAAGAGAACUUCUCCCGAUGUCAGAUCGUUUUUUUGAACGAGACGAUGUUCAUUGGAUGAGUAAUAGAAAUAUCUGAAAUGGUUUGGUUCUCUCGAUCUUCGUUCUUGAGAUAUUGAAACUUGACUGGAUUUUUCAACUAAAAGCUGUAGUCAAAUGAAAAAUUGCCUUUCGAGUUUCGACUUCAAGCUUCACACGAGCAAAGUUCUCGAUGAGAUCAGUUCAUUGGGUAAGUUGUAACUUUUCUAGUAUCUCUUAUUCUUAGUUAUGAAAUAUUCGAAAUAAAAGAAAAGUUCAAAGUUGAAAGACGAUUUUUCACGUGGUCAUAGCUUUUUGUUCAAAAAUCAAGUAAAAUUUUGAUAUCUCAAGAACCAAAGGCUCGAAAAAUCAAACUAUUUUAGACUUUUCUAAUACUCACUAGUAUUCAUCAAAUAAACAUCGUCUUGGUCAAAGAGCGAUUUCACACAUUGAUAGGUUUCCUCGUCAGAUUUCUCAGACAAACCUAAUGUACUUCUUCGAGCAACAGUCUACACCUAAAUCUGAUCUUUAGAGAAACAUCUAUGAAAUAUAGUUCAAUUAAUGAAAUAAAACUGUUUGAUUAUUUUAAUAAAAGUGCUCCAACUUGCUCUUCAUAUGUUUCAUCAGAGAAAAAUGGCAUAUUAAUAAAAUUUCUUUCAAUCGCUUACAACUCUGGAAUUGAUUCCUUAGUGCACGAAUCAUUUUUACUUUUAUUUCAUUGAAACAAUCUAUUUUGCAUAUCAUUCUUUUCUUUGUUGUUUUUAUUUCAGUAUAAAACCAGAUAAUUUCACAAUGGGUAUUAAUUCGAAAUGUCAAAAUGUUUAUUUAAUUGAUUUUGGUUUAUCAAAAUAUUAUUUAAAUAAAAAAACGCGUCAACAUAUUGAAUAUAAUGAUAAUAAACAUUUUUUAGGUACAAUACGUUAUGCUAGUCUACGUACACAUGCUGGAAUUGAACAAUCACGUCGUGAUGAUUUAGAAUCAUUUGCAUAUACAUUAAUUUAUUUAGCACGUUCAAAUAAAUCUUUACCAUGGCAAGGUAUUAAAUGUAAUACAAAAAGAGAAAAACAAGAAAAAAUUUAUGAAAUUAAACUUCAUA